GCCACCAUUGCUCCCCGCGCCGGGCUCUGUGUCGCGGCCGUCGCCUCGGCGGUUGGGGGUCUGUGGGGCGGCGCGGGCGGGGGGCGCUGCGCGGGGCGGCGCGCGCUGUUUUGUCUCCACCUCUCCCAGCGGAGCGGCUCGGGCUGCCGGGAGGCCCCGGCUCCCUCCGGACGCCCGGCCAGCGGCGGCCGCGGCGGCGGCGGCGAGUCCGCGGCCCUGCCGGGAGGGAGAGCGACGCCGCCGUCUUCCCGGGCGACGCGGAGAGAGCAGUUCCAGAGAACUGCUGGUUUAUAUUUUAGCUCUUGGCAAGUUGUGAAAAUAGUGAAGGAUGCUUAGACUACUUAACAUUAAAAUUGCUCUCUGGUUAAUCAUCUUUAGAAGAUUCGAUUUCUGGAUGUCUACUCCACUCCUGUAUUGACUUUUAAGACAUGAUAAUGCAAACCUAUAAUACUGGCAAUCAUCCAUGAACCGUUAAUUGCACUGAUUAAUAGCAUUUCAAGCUUCCUCAGGGAAUACACAAUGACAUCAGCAGUGGUUGACAGUGGAGGUUCUGUUUCGGAGCUUUCCAGCCAUGGAGUAGAAAAUCAAGAGGAAAGUGACAAGGUUUCUGAAUACCCAGCAGUGAUUGUGGAGCCGGUGCCAAGUGCCAGAUUAGAGCAGGGCUACGCGGCCCAGGUUCUGGUUUAUGACGAUGAGACUUACAUGAUGCAAGAUGUGGCAGAAGAACAAGAAGUUGAAACGGAGAAUGUGGAAACAGUGGAAGCAUCAGUUCAUAGCAGUAAUGCACACUGUACAGAUAAGACGAUUGAAGCUGCUGAAGCCCUGCUUCAUAUGGAAUCUCCUACCUGCUUGAGGGAUUCCAGAAGUCCUGUGGAAGUGUUUGUCCCUCCUUGUGUAUCAACUCCAGAAUUUAUCCAUGCUGCUAUGAGGCCAGACGUCAUAACAGAGACUGUAGUGGAGGUGUCAACUGAGGAGUCUGAACCAAUGGACACCUCUCCUGUUCCCACGUCACCGGACAGCCAUGAACCGAUGAAGAAGAAAAAAGUUGGCCGUAAACCAAAGACCCAACAAUCACCAAUUUCCAAUGGGUCUCCUGAGUUGGGGAUAAAGAAGAAACCCAGAGAAGGAAAAGGAAACACAACCUAUUUGUGGGAGUUUCUUUUAGAUCUACUUCAAGAUAAAAAUACUUGUCCCCGGUAUAUUAAGUGGACUCAGAGAGAAAAAGGCAUAUUCAAGCUCGUAGACUCAAAGGCUGUCUCGAAACUUUGGGGAAAGCAUAAGAACAAGCCAGACAUGAACUAUGAAACGAUGGGACGAGCUUUAAGGUAUUAUUACCAAAGGGGCAUUCUUGCAAAGGUUGAAGGACAGAGGCUUGUGUAUCAGUUCAAGGACAUGCCCAAAAACAUAGUGGUCAUAGAUGAUGACAAGAGUGAAACCUGUAAUGAAGAUUUAGCAGCAGCUACUGAUGAAAAAUCAUUAGAACGAGUGUCACUGUCUGCAGAAAGUCUGCUGAAAGCAACCUCUGUUCGUGGUGGGAAAAACUCAUCUCCUCUAAACUGCUCCAGAGCGGAGAAGGGAGUGGCUAGAGUUGUGAACAUCACUUCCCCUGGUCAUGAUGCUUCGCCCAGGUCUCCUACUACUACCACCUCUGUGUCAGCAACAGCAGCUCCAAGGACAGUUCGUGUGGCAAUGCAAGUUCCUGUUGUAAUGACGUCGUUGGGUCAGAAAAUUUCAACUGUGGCAGUUCAGUCAGUCAAUGCAGGUGCGCCAUUAAUAACCAGCACUAGCCCAACAACUGCAGCCUCUCCAAAGGUAGUUAUCCAGACAAUCCCUACUGUGAUGCCAGCCUCUGCUGAAAAUGGAGACAAAAUCGCCAUGCAGCCUGCCAAAAUUAUUACCAUCCCAGCUACACAACUUGCACAGUGUCAACUGCAGACAAAGUCAAAUCUGACAGGAUCAGGAAGCAUUAACAUUGUUGGCACCCCACUGGCUGUGAGAGCACUUACGCCUGUUUCCAUAGCCCACGGUGCACCUGUAAUGAGACUGUCAGUGCCUGCUCAGCAGUCCUCUGGCCAGACUCCUCCCCGAGUUAUCAGUGCAGUCAUAAAAGGGCCAGAGGUGAAAUCAGAGGCAGUGGCAAAAAAGCAGGAACACGAUGUGAAAACUUUGCAGCUGGUACAAGAAGAAAAACCGGCAGAUGGGAAUAAGACAGUGACCCACGUGGUGGUAGUCAGUGCGCCUUCAGCCAUUGCCCUUCCUGUAACGAUGAAAACGGAAGGACUGGUGACGUGUGAGAAAUAAAUAGCAGCUCUGCCGUGGACUUGAGACUGUUAGUGCUCGUACCAACACGGAUAUUUGCAAAGGAUGUCAUCAAGAAAAGUCAAAAGGAGACUUUAAAACUUUCAAUGCAUAUAGGAAAACAAUCAAACUUACUGGAAACAAGUUACCUAUCCCAUGUUUCAGUGGGAAGUGAACUACAUACUGAGAUGCUGACAGAAAACUGCCUCUUACAGUAGGAAACAACUGAACCCGCCAAUAAGAAUACGGAUUGAAAGGGACCAAGCAACUCACUACAAUAUCAAGUUACACUAAGACUUGGAACACUAACAUUCUGUAAGAGGUCAUAGUUUUCAGUGGGGAGGGGUUGGGAUGGGUGAUCUCAUUGUUACACAGAGCGAUUUUUGAUGCAUUUUAUAUGCAUACCAGCAAAUAUUACUGUGUUCACACAGAACUCACUUAACUGGUGCUAUGUGAAGACUCUGCUAAUAUAGGUAUUUUAGAAUGUGAAUUGACUGGAUCCAAAAGUUUCAGAGAGGAUAGCAAAAAAGAUCUAGUGCGAUUUUUUUUUAUAUCAUAUAGCUUAAGCUGAUUUAAAACAAAGGCCUUAGACUAAUUUUCGAUUUUCUUUAUUGAAAUAAGCUAAUGGCUUGUUUGUGUAAAGCUUUUUUUAUUAAAAGGAAAAUUUUAAAAACCUUGUACCUAGCACAGUAUUGUUAUAGAAUUUACAUGUAACAUUUUAUAUGGUAGUUUAAGUCUGUCAGUUCCUUGAUUGUUGACAAGUUAACAGUUGGCCCUGGCCUUUUGCUAUAACAUGCCUGUGUCACUCACUCUCUUAGCCCUGGCGUCUGUGUGCGCACACCCGUUUCGGCUCAGCAUGAAUUUCUGUCAGGUAAUGCUUACUACCUGGAGUUUUCUUUCUUCCUUUUUUUUUUUUUUUAAGUUGAAAUUUAAGAGGGAAAGUACCAGUGUUCAGAUUUGAACUAUAAUAGUUUGUAUAUUCAACAUUUGAAGUAUAUUCUAUUUUGUUGUACUCUUGUUUCAAAGUGUAUUCAAGUAGGUUUUCUGAAAUAUAGAAAUUUAUCUUGCAUUUUGGUCUCUGGUGAUAUUUAUAACAAUAUUCAAAAGCUAGAAUAGAGACAUCGUUUUAGUUAAGAGUAGAAAUCCUCUUUCUCCUUCCUUAACUACUGCGUAAGGAAUCCUUCUUUUCCUUUUGUAUUCAUAUUUGGUAAAUAACUGCAUGUUGCCACUUCCGUUCUAAUCACUAUCAUGAAGUACAAUGUUAUACUUACCGUAAUGACUUUACUGUUUUCAUUUGGCCACACCUAAAGAAUUUAUAUUUUAAAUCAAGACCAUUUGUUUCUCAGUCAUACUUUUUGAGGCUUAACAAGAACAAGUAAUAAUACUCUAGGUCUUUUACAGAUUAGGAAGUUGGAGGUACCAGAGGAUUACAUGAAUUUCCUAGUUUCACACCAGACUAGGUUGUGUGACUCUACAUCUUAAUGUUCUUUCUACUACAAAGAAAAGUUGUCUAUUUUUACAUCUUUUAGAAAUUUAAAUAAACUGAUGCUUAAUA